ACCGGGGAUCACUUCUAACGGCCAAACACUGGGCAACUCUGGGCUAUUCCUCUAUACGAAUCCCGUACGUAAGAAUACCUACCGUAGCUGAUUCAACAUACUCGUAAAGGCGUAGGGGGGGCUCGCAGGGCUGGGCGGCAGUGUUCCAUUAUUUGCACCCUCCCCCCUGAUAAGACAACCAAGACACUUUGUUUUUCUUGAAUCGCAUACAUUUCCAUCUUGACAAACGCCUAACAUCCGUCGUUUCUGACCACCUCACUCGCUUUCUUCGUUCGCUUCCUACCACGUUUAUUCUACUUUUUGUACUUUCAAGUCCCUCGUUCAGUCGCCCUUAUCUCCAUCUACCGUACCGCAUAGUUGUAGGGCAACCCGCCCAGCUAUCGCUUGUGCUCCCGAAACAGCACCAACCCUCAUUCCCGACUCAGACAGAAAGCGUAUACAUCGGCUGAACCGCAUGCGGCACGAUCCACGACAGCAGGCGCAACCGUAUAUUGUAUUCCGACCCUUCCUCACAUUACGCCUUCCAUCCCUUUCGGUUGAGGACAAGCAGCCCGCUUAGUGUAUUGCGCAUCGGCUAGACGGCAAGACUCCCGAUAACACCUGUGCGCCUCUAGAACCACGGCAGAAAUAUUCCACCACACAAUCACCGUUUCCCGAUUUCGAAUUUCCAGUAGAGCAGGGCAACCCGUCUUACCAAGGGGAAAAGUCAUCGGACCGUCAUUGCAAGGAGGAGGAGGAGGGCUUGAGUCCCAAUCAGUGGGUGGCUUCCGGUGAACAAGAAGACAACAGUGGCAGUUACUCUGAAGCAGAGAACGUCGAAAUGUCAACUUGGAGGGGGAGCCCGUCGGUGAAGGGGAGUACGGAGACCAUGCGCAUGCUCUUGCUGACAUGUGUCUCGGUUGGCAUCACCUUCACAUGGGGUGUUGAAAUGACCUACUGUACGCCCUACCUUCUCUCGCUGGGACUUACCAAGGGCCAAACAUCGCUCGUCUGGGUUGCCGGACCAUUAUCUGGCUUGAUCGUACAACCCAUCAUAGGCGUUGUCGCUGAUCAAUCAAAGUCACGAUGGGGCAGAAGGCGACCUGUCAUCGUUAUCGGGUCCAUUAUCACGGCACUCGCUCUCAUGGCCUUGGGCUUUACCAAGGAGAUAGUGGCCUACUUCAUUUGGGAUCCGACAUAUGCAAGAGCGUGCACCAUCGCUGUUGCUGUCCUUUCGCUCUAUUGUGUUGACUUUGCCAUCAAUGCCGUAAUGUCUUGCGCUAGAAGCUUGGUUGUAGAUACUCUGCCUAUUCAAAAACAACAAAGUGGCGCAGCAUGGGCAAGCCGUAUGGGCUCACUUGGACAUAUUAUCGGCUAUGGUAUGGGGGCGAUCGACCUUCUCCAGCUCUUUGGAACGUCUUUGGGAGACACACAGUUCAAGCAGCUUACCGUCAUAGCCGCCCUGGGGAUGCUCGUUACCUCUUCCGUAACCUGCUGGGCAGUGACCGAGCGGGUUCUCGUCACUGUCCGGCCCGAUCCUCGCCGCCAAUCGGGUCGUUUCAAGGUCGUGCGCCAAAUCGUGUCGACCCUCAUCACCUUACCUCCUCGCAUCCGCGCCAUCUGCUAUGCGGUCUUUUGGUCUUGGAUCGGCUGGUUCCCAUUCAUCAUCUACAGCAGCACCUGGGUAGGCGAAACCUACUUCCGGUACGAUGUGCCCGCCGACACCCGGGACUCGAGCGACGCUCUGGGCGACAUGGGCCGGAUCGGCAGCACUGCCCUGACCGUCUACUCAACCGUGACCUUCAUCAGCGCCUGGAUAUUGCCGCCCUUCAUCCGCGCACCCGAGGACAACACCUUCACUCACCGCCCGCCCGCCAGCAUCGCCAGCCUCGUCGAGACGGUCAACAAGUACAAGCCCGAACUGCUCAGCGCCUGGAUCGCCAGCCACCUCAUGUUCGCCUUCGCCAUGUUUCUGACCCCCUUCGCCGCCUCGUUUCGCUUCGCCACCGCCCUGGUUGCCCUAUGUGGCAUCCCCUGGAGCAUCGCCAUAUGGGCGCCCACCACGUUCCUGGGAGUCGAAGUCAACAAGCUCAGCGGCGCUCCCGACCCCAUGUCUCCAGGAGCCACCUCCGCCACCAACCCAUCCUACAGGAGACUUUCCACCAGCAGCAUCGAGAUGCGCUUCGUCAACGAGCCUGCCGCCGGCGCUGUUGAGGAGGUCACCGCAGGAAACAGCUCAACCGGCGAACUAAGCGGCAUCUACUUUGGCAUUCUUAACAUUUACACCACCAUCCCGCAGUUCAUCGCGACAUUUAUGAGCAGCAUCGUCUUCGCCAUCCUGGAGCCGGGCAAGAGCCCGGAGCUGGCGACGGAUGCACAUCCAAGCGAGCAUGCCAAGACGGACGGACCGAACGCGAUUGCUGUGUGCAUGUUCAUUGGAGCCAUCAGCUCGUUGGUGGCGGCGUACGCUACUGCUAAAAUGAGGGAUAUAUAAAAUGGAUGGGUUUUGCUUGGUCAUAUAAUCAAAUUGCGUUUCGAUUUUCUUUCGCAGUCAUAAAAAAAAAAAGGACGGAAUAGGAUAUGACGCACGUCCUUGGGCCACUUACUUGUCUCGGCUUGAAUAAGUAAUGUCUUGAGUAGUAUGAAAAAAAUUGACAGGAGAAAAAAUUCGGCAGGCUCGCACUCGUUUGGGAUAAAGGCGUCUUUUCACAAAAGGCGUAACUCCAUGAACGUACCGUACCCCCUUUCCGCCUGUUGGAAAGAACAUUGAAUGGUCAAACCAAGCGAUAGAGUUGGAUUUUCCACAUGUACAAUAUGCGUCGGUUUUUUAAUUUCUUUUUUUUUAAAAAAAAUCGGGGGAUUGGCUUAUGGGCUUGUUGGUCUUGUUAUUAACCAUUAUUUGUUUUGUUUUUGUUGAUGCUGUAUAUACCUCUUGGCUCUUCAAUUAAUUCUGAUUCUUUUUGGG